CAUUUUGGGAUUGAGGGAAAUAAGGAUCAAAUGACCAUGAAAAAUUCAAAUGCACCACAGAUAUUAACAUAACACUAAGUAAAGGAGGAAGAUAUGUAGUGAUAAUACAUUGUAGUCUUUGUAUUGGCUCUUAAUCAUUUAUUUAAGAAUGAUUACAAUUAUUAUUAUUACUAAAUUGCGUAGCAUAUGAACAAGAAGGAAGUACAGAAGAAUGAAUAUUUCUGAAUCUUCACACACUUUUUAGACAGUAGGAAAGAGAGUCAGGACUGUGUUUUGCUCUCUUUUGUAUCCGUCAUGCUCUCUCUAGUUCAGUAGGUGGCAGGAUUGCAAAGUGAAAGUAAAACCUGCCUGCGUUAUGAAGCAGAAGCAUCUCAACACUAAUACAAAAGUCCCUUCGCUGCCAUUUUCCCGAUGGAUCCUCGGAGCCAUGACUCUCAACUUGCAGAACCCCUCAAGACAUUCAGAUCAAAUCUGCUGAACAAGUUUGAGUGUCUGUGCGAGGGACCAGCGACGCAGGGAAAAACAACACCGCUAAAUGAGAUCUACACAGAGCUCUACAUCACAGAGAGUGAGAGAGGAGAGACCAAUAAUGAGCAUGAGGUGAGAGACAAGAGAGUUGAGACACGAUCCAGAAGAGAAGCCGAGGACACAGCCAUCAAAUGCAGUGACAUCUUCAGACCUUUACCUGGACAAGACAAAGACACCAGAACUGUGCUGACAAAGGGAAUCGCUGGCAUUGGAAAAACAGUCUCUGUGCAGAAGUUUAUCCUGGACUGGGCCGAAGGGAAAGAGAAUCAGUACGUCCAGCUCAUAUUUUCACUUCCUUUCAGAGAAAUCAACUUAAUGAAGGACAAAACACUCAGUCUUUCAGAUCUUCUGCAUGUCUUCUUCCCUGAAACAAAAGAAAUGAAAAUAUCCGGUGACGAAUAUAAAAUGCUGUUCAUCUUUGAUGGUCUGGACGAGUGUCGUCUUCCCUUAAACUUUGACAGCAAUGAGACUCUACAGGACUUGACCAAAGAGACAUCAGUGGAUGUGCUGCUGACGAACUUGAUUUUGGGGAAUCUGCUUCCCUCUGCUCUCAUCUGGAUCACCUCCAGACCAGCAGCAGCUGAUCUUGUCCCCUCUGAGCGCGUCCAGCGAGUGACAGAGGUACGAGGCUUCAAUGAUCCGCAGAAGGAGGAGUACUUCAGAAAGAGGAUCAGCGAUCAGAAUCUGGCCGAGAGGAUCAUCUCACACCUGAAGUCCUUCAGGAGCCUCUUCAUCAUGUGCCACAUCCCAGUCUUCUGCUGGAUCUCAGCCACUGUUUUAGAGAAGAUGAUGGGUCCAGCAGAGAGUGGAGAGAUUCCCAAGACUCUCACCCAGAUGUAUACACACUUCCUGAUCCUUCAGACCAACAUCAAACAUGGAAAGGACUAUGAGAGCAAAGCGAAGGAUGAAGACAUGAUUGUCAAACUGGGGAAACUGGCUUUCCAGCAGCUUGUGAAAGGAAAUCUGACCUUCUACGAGGAAGACCUGAGAGAGUGUGGCAUUGAUGAGACUGAAGCAUCGGUUUACUCGGGAUUGUGUACUGAGAUCUUCAGAGAGGAGUUGGGCUGGUAUCAGGGGAGAGUCUUCUGCUUUGUUCAUCUGAGCCUUCAGGAGCAUCUCGCAGCUUUAUAUGUGCUGCUUUCAUUUCUGCUGGACAAGAGAGAUGCGUUCAAUGAAAACCUCAGCUCAAAACAUGCACAUGAGUUCACGUGCCACACAAUAUCCAACCUGCAUCAGAGAGCCGUGGACAAGGCUUUACAGAGUAAGAAUGGACAUCUGGACCUUUUCCUCCGAUUUCUUCUGGGCCUCUCGCUGGAGUCCAAUCAGUCACCAUUGAAAGAUCUUCUAAGGCACACUGAAAACAUCCCAUACAGUGAAGAGAAAACAAUUGACUACAUUAAAACUAGAAUAAGAAUGAAUCCCUCACCAGAGAAAUCCAUCAAUCUGUUUCACUGUUUAAAAGAUCUGGGCGAUCAUUCUCUGGUGAAUGAAGUACAGGAGUAUCUCAGAUCUGGAGGUCUGUCAAGCACCAGACUGUCCUCGUCACAGUGGUCAGCUGUUGUUUUGGUUUUGUUAACCUCAGAGCAAUUGGAGACAUUUGAUUUGAGUAAAUACAUAAGCAGAAGGCAAAACCAAAACCAAAUGACACCCGAUGAACUUCUUUUGAAGCUCUUGCCUGUCGUUGAAGUCUCCAGAUCAGCAGAAUUUUUUAAUUGUAACAUCACAGAUGAAGGUUGUGCUGCUCUGAGUUCAGCUCUGAGAUCAAACUCCUCACAUCUGAGAGAACUGGAUCUGUCUGAGAAUAUUCUAGGAAAUGCAGGUGUGAAGCUGCUCUCUAAAGGACUGAAGGAUCCUCACUGUAAACUGGAGAAACUGACGUUGAUUGGUUGUGGCAUCACAGAUGAAGGUUGUUCUGCUCUGAGUUCAACUCUGAGAUCAAACUCCUCACAUCUGAGAGAACUGGAUCUGACUGAGAAUAAACUAAGAGAUACAGGUGUGAAGCUGCUCUCUAAAGGACUGAAGGAUCCUCACUGUAAACUAGAGAAACUGACGUUGAGGUGUUGUAGAGUCACAGAUGAAGGUUGUGCUGCUCUGAGUUCAGCUCUGAGAUCAAACUCCUCACAUCUAAGAGAACUGGAUCUGACUGAGAAUAUUCUAGGAAAUGCAGGUGUGAAGCCGAUCUCUAAAGGACUGAAGGAUCCUCACUGUAAACUAGAGAAACUGACGUUGAUUGGUUGUGGCAUCACAGAUGAAGGUUGUUCUGCUCUGAGUUCAGCUCUGAGAUCAAACUCCUCACAUCUGAGAGAACUGGAUCUGACUGAGAAUAAACUAAGAGAUACAGGUGUGAAGCUGCUCUCUGAAGGACUGAAGGAUCCUCACUGUAAACUUGAGAAACUGACGUUGAGGUGUUGUAGAGUCACAGAUGAAGGUUGUUCUGCUCUGAGUUCAGCUCUGAGAUCAAACCCCUCACAUCUGAGAGAACUGGAUCUGUCUGUGAAUUAUAUAGGAGAAUCAAGUGUGAAGCUGCUCUCUGCUUUAAUAGAUGAUCCACAGUAUAAACUGGAGACGAUGCAGUACGUUUUAACGAUUCAUAUACAGUAUCACAUAAUAAUGUCAUUUAAACUCUGCACUACAGACGUGCGUCAGCAGUAAUGCUUCAUAAUGCUUACCGUGUGUGUUUUAUUUAGUACUGAGUCUGACUGGUAUUAAAUUAUGGUGAAUCUGGAUCAGAACAGACACAUCGAACCCCACAGAAUCAGCAGAACCGAUGUGUGUGAUUUACAGGAGUUUACAGUGUCAGUAUUACUGGGAUUUGAACACCACCAGCUGAAGACAGAAAGGAGCAAGACUUCUCUGAUCACAAUAAGACUAAAUAAAGCUUUCUUUGUAGUGAAAGUGAAGUGGCUUGUGGCCAGGUACGGUGACCCAUACUUGGAAUGUGUGCUCUGCAUUCAACCCAUACACACCUUCCAGAAAGUUCAACUUUUGCCUCGUCGGUUGGAUGAGUCCUCGCUGUGCUCCUGGGGACUUUUUUUGUUCGGCCGGUCGCUCCUGGGAAGGUUCACCACUGUUCCAUGUUUUCACUAAUUGUGGAGAAUGGCUCUCACUGUGGUUCGCUGGAGUCCCAAAGCUUUAGAAAUGGCUUUAUUACCUUUUGCAUGCAGACUGAUAGAUUUCAGUUACCUUCUUUCUCAUUGGUUCCUGAAUCUCUUUGGAUCUCUGCAUAUAUAUAUGCCUUUCUUUCUUCAUGAAAGCGCUGUAUGAAAAGCCAGUGAUUAUGUUUAAAGUUCAAACCCAUAUUAAUUUGUGUUAAUUUGUGUAGUGUAUGGGUUUAUAAUGAUAUUGUCUCUUUGUUCUCAGAGAGUAUCUGUAUCAUGUUUAAGCAGGUUAGAUCUCAGUUAUAUCAAAGGCACAAUGAAUACUUAAUAACUUUUAUUGCUUUAUGUGUAAAUUAGGCUCAUUAAGUCAAACGGGCACUUUAUAGUAAAACUGUCUGAAUACAUUUAAGAUAUCUUAUGAAUUAACUACUGACCACGUGACAAAAAUG